UCCAAGAUGGCGGAAGACUGUUAGUUAUCAUGGGGAAACGGUAUCAUUGCGAUUUUUGUGAUAAAACAUUCGCUUAUUCAUCCCAAAACCGCAAGAAACAUGAGCAAGGUGUUCAUCACCAAAGAAACAGAAAACUACAUUAUGAUUCUUUCAAAGAUCCUUCAGAGUUGUUAGCAGAACAAGCUAGUAAACCACCAUGCCGACGCUUCUUUCAAACGGGGAAUUGUGACUUUGGUGUAAACUGCAGGUAUUCUCAUACCAAUCCACAAAUGCUUCUUGCUGCACAAGCUGAAGCUGAAAUACAAAAAUCUAAAUUACAAGAACCAGGUUUUGAAGAUUGGCUGGUAAAAUGGAGAAAACGCAGGAAAAAAGAUGAGAAAAAAGACAAGUCAGAAGAAGAAACCAUACCAGGAAGUACCUUGCCACCUGGCCUUCCACCUGUUUAUUUAUUACCACCGUCGCUACGACCACCACCCCCUGGGGGCUAUGUUGAUUGCCCUCAGGUGGAAUGGGGCUAAGCUUAAAAACGGGACUUCAAUGGACAUUUUUAUACUGUUGGAACUAUCUUUACUUAUCGGUGUGAAAUGACGUGAACUGAAUCAUCCAUACUCCAUUUCUUCACAACAAAAACAAAACACAACUACUACUACCACUCUUUAGUUAUGYUAUGUUUUUCAAAAAAUGUUGUAUGCCUGAAAUGCAUUCAAAAAACAAUAACAAAUAAAUGGGAAAUCAGAUUCGCCAAUAAUUUAUUGGUCGUUGCCAAAACAACGGACAGUGACAUCAAGAACAUGGCUGGGGUGAUGUCCAUCAGACGGGGCUAGUUUAGGCAGGAAAGCAUUAUCUUCGUACACAUAAAGGAUUGCAAAUCAACCUAUCGCAGCUGCAGUUUUUAGACAAAUCUUAUUUCUUGAUUUAAAUUUUCUAAGAAUUUUGAUUAUCGCAUAUUUUCAUGGUUGUUUUUGUUCUUACUUAUCAAAAAAAYCCCUCUUCGUUACGACCUUAUAAGUGAGAAUUGAAUUUUUUCUGAUUUUGUUUUCGAAUUCUCAUCUUUUUUAAGUGAACAAACUACCAUUCCAAAAACAAAAUUCACCUAAUCUCUAUAGUUUAAUUUGUUUUGUUCCAAUUGAGGCGCAAACUACGACGAAUCUGGACCUUUCUCAUUUUUAAAAUAGUUGUGUGUCAAAAUACGUCUGUUCGAAAUGCAUGCCUUUUCUGUCAAUUAACGCCCAGUAACUUUACUGAAAUUAUCCAAUACAAAAACAAUUAAAGACACAUUUUAUCACCCACCUCCUUUAUUAGCGAGAAUKUCGUAAGCGCUUUAAUCAGUUAUCUGUGCUUGAUUUCGACAAGAGAUACGUUUUUAACACUCGAAGAUAAAAUCCGUAUCUCCGCGCAUCCAUGUAAUAUCCUCUAUAUAUUUGGACGCGAUAAGAUUAUUAAUGAAUAUUAUAUAAAAAAUUAGCGGCAUAACUCAGGAUCAGUAUCGUUCCCUGAGGAGUUUUUGAGUAUCUUUGAAAACAUGCACAUGCCUCAGCGAAAGAUUCAAAAACAUUCGGCGAGGUGCAGACAGUGUUUAAAAAGCUGCGAAAUUGUUUUUCGAUUUUUUUUGUUCACAAAUAUCUUAACAGGAAUAAUAAAUUGUCGUCUACGCUUGA